UUAUCUUGUUCCCUUUUGUUCUCUUCUCCUCUCUCGUUCUGUACUUGGUCGGCUACACAAAUGGUUUUGCGCUCUUAAAACCCAAAUCCAACUCAAUCAAAUAUCUCUGAACUUGUUGUGCUGCAACCCAAUUGCAUAACAUGAGCAGAUUGAAACCAUGACUGAAACUUUAAUCUCACUGCCCAUGUCGCUUUCCUUAUCUUCACUGAACCCAACCACUACUUGUUCCUCUUCUUUCACCUUCAAUGCCAGUCACUGCUUUCUUCACUCUUCCACAUCAUGCAGAGCUCACAAGUUCAGAGUUUCAUGUAAGACUGUUCAGACUGAGUCUCAGCCUCAAAGUGUCAAGGUUUCUAUUGAGCCCACAAAGAAGAAGAGGAAGCCAAAGCCGAGCUUCUAUCAGCAAAUUCAGAACAAAUGGUCCAUGAAGGUGGGUUCCCCAAGAGACAAGUUUCCAUGGGAAAAACAGGAGGAAUCAGAAGAAGAAGAAGAAGAAGAAGAAUGGGGGAGACAGCAAUCAGAGGUUAGAGUUUCUGAACCAGUUGAUCAAGAAGAGAGCUUUUCUUUGCCAAACACUGUAAAGUUUGCUCCUUGGGCUCAUAGAAGCAAUCCCAUUAAGACCCCCCAGUUUGAUUAUGAGCCUGAAAUCUAUAAACCCAGUGUUGUAAAGAGUGGCAUUGCUAAUUCUGGUAAAGGGUUUAGUAAAGUUGGAAACUUUAGGCAAGAAUUUGGUGGUAAUGGUAAAGUAUAUAGGGAUAUUGAUGAUGCUUCAGUUGGGAUUUCGGAAGUGAAAAAGAUUAUGGUUUCCAAGAAAUUUGAGCAAGAAGUUGAUAGGAGUGGGAAAUUGGAGAGACAGUUUGAUGAAAUUUCAGUUGGGGUUUCGAAAGAGGAAAAGCCGAUGAUAUCAAAGAGCUUUGAGCAUAGUAAUGGCAAAUUGGAAGGGCAAAUUGAUGAAAUUUCAGUUGGUGUUUCGAGAAAGGAGGAGACAAUGGCUUCAAAAGGGUUAAUUGGUGUUGUUGUGGAUGAAGCUUUAUCUGAGGAUAGUGAGAAUGAUGAAAAUGUUGAAGCUAUUGUGUCUUCUGGUACUGAUUCUCGAGCUUCUCCUCGGUUGCCUUGGGAGAAAGAAGGUGGAUUGGUUAAUGGGGAAGGUGGUAAGACAAGAAAGAAGUGUAGUAACACGCUUACGGCUGAGGCAACCCUUCCAGAGCAUGAGCUGAAGAGGCUGAGGAAUGUUUCUUUGAGGAUGCUGGAGAGAACUAAAGUCGGAGCUGCCGGUAUCACACAGAAUUUGGUGGAUGCCAUACAUGAGAAGUGGAAGGUGGAUGAGGUGGUCAAGUUGAAGUUUGAGGAGCCGCUUUCACUCAACAUGAAAAGAACUCAUGGGAUUUUAGAGAAUAAAACUGGAGGUUUGGUUAUAUGGAGAUCUGGCAGUUCAGUAGUGUUAUACAGGGGAAUAUCAUACAAUCUUCAGUGUGUCAAGUCAUAUACCACGCAGAGCCAGACUAAUUCACAUAUGUUGCAAGACAGAGUAGGCACACAAAAUGUAGGACUGAAGGAUGUGGCUAGUACUACAGAACUUUUGAGUCCAAAUUCUCCAAAGUAUUUGAAGAACUUAUCUAAAAAAGAACUCAUGGAGUUGAGUGAUCUGAACCAUUUGCUAGAUGAGUUGGGCCCACGGUUUAAGGAUUGGAUAGGACGUGAGCCGUUGCCUGUGGAUGCUGACUUACUUCCUGCAGUGGUUCCGGGAUAUCAGACGCCCUAUAGACUUCUCCCAUAUGGGGUAAAACGAGGUCUGAGAGACAAGGACAUGACAAAAUUUCGUAGACUUGCCAGAGAUGCACCUCCACACUUUGCUCUAGGAAGGUGUAAAGAACUGCAAGGUCUGGCUAAGGCUAUGGUGAAGCUGUGGGAGAAAUGUGCUAUUGCAAAGAUAGCCAUCAAACGUGGAGUACAGAAUACACGUAAUGAAAUAAUGGCAGAAGAACUCAAGAGAUUGACAGGGGGUACACUUCUCUCUAGAAACAAAGAUUUCAUCGUCUUUUACAGGGGAAAUGAUUUCUUGCCACCUGUUGUUACUGGAGUACUGAAUGAGAGGAGAGAAUUAAGAGAUCUCCAACAAGAUGAGGAGGAGCAAGCACGACAAAUGACCUCUGACUACAUUGAGUCAAGAUCUGGAGUUUCUAGUGGCCAGUUGGUUGCUGGAACCCUUGCUGAAACAAUUGCAGCAACUACUCGCUGGAGGAACCAGCUAACGAUUGAAGAUGUUAACAAAAUGACAAAAGAUUCAAAUUUGGCUCAAUGUGCAUCUCUAGUUAGACACCUCGAGAAGAAAUUGACUCUUGCAAAAGGGAAGCUCAAAAAGGCUGAGAAGGCUUUAGCAAAAGUGCAAAAAAAUUUGGCUCCAGCAGAUUUGCCAGAUGACUUGGAAAUCCUAACGGAUGAAGACAGAUUCUUGUUUCGUAAGAUCGGUCUGAGUAUGAAGCCCUACCUACUUUUAGGGAGGCGAGAGGUUUACUCUGGUACCAUAGAGAAUAUGCACUUGCACUGGAAGCAUAGAGAGUUGGUGAAGAUAAUAGUAAGAGGAAAAAGUUUUCAGCAAGUCAAGCAUAUCGCAAUCUCUUUAGAAGCAGAGAGUGGUGGGCUGCUUGUCUCUCUUGAUAAAACUACCAAAGGGUAUGCAAUUAUUGUAUAUCGUGGGAAGAACUACCAAUGCCCUCUUCCAUUAAGGCCUAGGAGUUUAUUGACGAGAAGACAGGCAUUAGCUCGGUCAAUUGAACUACAGAGACGCGAGGGAUUGAAGCACCAUCUCUCAGAUUUACAGGAGAGAAUUGAGUUGUUGAAAUCUGAACUUGAGGACAUGGAAAACGGGAGAAUGAUUGGCGAUGGAAGAACCCUUGAUUCAACAUUAGAUGAUUCUCUUUUCUCUAGUGACAAAGAAGAGGUAUGUGAACCAUCUAUCCGGUUGCCACUAACCGAUUACUUUUUGGUGGACCAGGAUGAAGGGGAAGAAGCAUAUCUCGAAGUAUAUGAUAGUGGCAACGAGGAUAACUAUGACGAAUAUGAGAUUGUUGAACCACCAGCUGAUUGUUAAUUCAGAGAUGAUGAUCUUUGUGAUUGCAGACACAGAAAUCUAAAUAGCUGAGGAAUGCAUGAGUUGUCAUGAAAGUAUAUUUUGUGAACUCAAGAUGAUUUCCGAGGUCCGAGCGUAAAUGUAUCCAGCAAAAGUACAUCAACUGCUGUUUAGAGCUUUGAAUGCAGCUAAGAAGGUUUUCCAAAAAUGAGUUUAGCAAUUCAACUAUUGAAACUUCAGAGGUGAAGAUUGUGAAACUCCUAUACUGUUUGGUCUACAAUAUGUAGUUGAUGCUAAUAACUCGGAUCAGUCGGAUGGUGGCCAACUGACUGAACGCUGUAAUAAUGAUCAGCUCCUUGUAUAAGAUAUUUACAUUUAACUUGU